AUGUCCCCGACACAAUCCUGGGCCGCAUGGCUCCUUGAUUCCUAUGCUUCUUCCGUAUCUCCAAUGCCCACCGAUUCCCAUUUUCGUCAUCACGAUGACACCCCUUCCAUAUCAGACGACUCCUACAGCAUCCCGACAGACCACUCCAGUACGCAAAGCCCCAUGUCCACAAUUUCCAACUCUUCCGCCUACGGUCCCUAUGUGCGCACCGGUCGAGGCGGAGCUGGGAACUUUUCCUGGCAAACAGAGCCUAAGCCCGUAAGGUCGUCUUCUCCAAUCGAUCUCGAAGCCCAACCUAUACCGCAGAGUUCUCUAGGUGAACGUCGCAAAGCCGCUGCAAAAUUGGGACUCAUUGAUACCAAAGAGGCAGCGCGCAUGCGGCAGAUUUCAGCGCAAUACUUAUCUACCGGUCGCGGCGGGGUAGGGAAUUUCGCUUCCAACAAUGCCAUUACUUCAGCGAAACGAAGCCCGAGCUUACCGGCGAGCUUUAGCCCCAAGACCGUCAGCCCACCAAACUCACAUUCUCAACAUCCAGGGAGAGGUGGUGCAGGUAAUUAUGCUGCAGCCGCCGAGGCCAAUGGACGAACAGAGACGGAGAGGGAAGAAGAAGAAAGAAUCGCUGCAGAACAAAGACGAGAGCAGAUCAUAGAAGAGGUGGACGGUUUGUUGCAACCGCCACCGGGAGCAUUUCUGGGCAGUGGAAGGAGAAAGAGUGAAUCGAUGUUUGACCACGUUUGA